UCCUUCACUAGUCCACUCUUGCUCAGAGGAUUGAAUUUUGCCUUUGUUUCUAUUAAUCUCAUUGCUAGUAUAUAUACCCUUCUCGCUACCUGCCUUGCUCUCACACCCACGACUCAACAAGAACUUCCCUCUUCUCCAUCUUCCUCCCCAUUAAUCACCAAAAGAAAAGAGGCCAAACACUUGUAACCCUUUUCUUAAUUUGAGAAUGGGGGGAGUUUGGAAUUUCAAGGAUGGCGUGAUCCGUCAGGCGGAUCAAGGCGGGCAGAGGAAGGCCUUAGUUCACUUGCCAUCGGGCGAGGUCGUCUCGUCUUACUCGUCACUUGAGCAAAUCCUGAGGGGCCUUGGGUGGGAGCGGUACUCGAGCACAGGCUCCGAGCUCUUGCAGUUCCACAAGCACUCUUCCAUCGAUCUCAUCUCUCUCCCUAGGGACUUCUCCAAGUUCAACUCUGUUCACAUGUACGACAUCGUUGUCAAGAACCCUAACAUAUUCAGGGUUCGUGAUAAAUAACCUCUGCUCACUACCCAAAGUCUUUCUCUUGUUAUUCCUAUCUAUUCGUGUGUUUUCCUAGUUUCCUUGUGUUCUGGUGUAAUGCAGAAAUUCAUCUUGUCUUUGAUGAAUGAAUUUUUCUGCACUUCAAUCGGAUUGAUACCUGGAUCUGUUCACAUGUACGACAUCAUCGUCAGGAACCCUAACAGAUGCAGGGUUCGCAAUAUUUUAGCAUCCGCUCGUUAUCCAAAGCCUUUCUCCUGUUAUUCCUAUCAA